AUGUUUUUGCCGCGAAAAAGCGAGCUAUUCUACCUUUUCGGGGAGCACAACGUUCCCGUCGCCAGAGCUACUUGGUACAUCAAACUCAUCGCUUACAACAUGCCGCUUUUGAUGCCAGAAGCGACCUCCAAAAGCACCAGAACAAAAAGACAGAACAACGAUCCAACUGCAGAGUGGACGAAAAAAGUCGUCGAUUUCUUCGAAGAAAUGUGGAACAAACAAACCGACAUGAAUUUACCUACUCAAAAGCCUCAGUCAAACAAUCAGGCAAAACCAAUGUCUCGUGAAGCAAUCGAAGACUACUGGAAUUACGCGAACGAUUUAAUGCGAUACAUGUACACAGAAAAUAUGCUGGACAAAGAAGAAGUCCUCCAGCGAUUGUUGAAAAUCUGCGAGUCGAUCAAAGCCGGCGAAGAAUUCAAGCUCCGGCAAAUUUUAUCCACGAUUUUAGUCUAUAUUUCCGAUUUUGUCAGGAACACGCUUCAUUCUCGCAGAUUAGCGUUUUUCGUCAGCCAAAUGAUUUACUGGAUCGAAGUUGAAAUUCCAGAAGAGAUUUCACAGUUUCAGAGUCGCGAGAAAAGCGAAGCGCUAGUGCCCAGUUCGACGAAGGAGAAACUCAACAACAAUCCAGAAUACGAACGGCGCUUCGACACGCUGACCUGGGGCCUGAACAGCAUCAUUCACUUGAUAACGAUGUACUGUCCCAGCGCGCUAGUUUGGUACGAACCGGCCGACAUUCGAAAUCACCCCGGUUCGCCGCUCGACAUUCUGCCCCAAGCGCCCUCGCAAAUGCUCAUUCCUCCUUCGGCAGCGCAGUUUUACAAUGGCGAGCAAGAGUAUCUCCAAUACCUGCGACAACAUGAACGCAUGAUUUCGAAACGCUCCACCGCCGUCGAGAACAAAUGGUCAAGAUAUACGUCCAAAGACAGUCUUACUUCCGCAGUCAUUUCAAAAGUGGUCGACAUUAUUAGAAUUCUCGACAAAGCGGCUCAGGCGAUUCGAAACGCAGACCCUAACAAAGCCGACCCACUGAAGCCCGUUUACGAUGCAAUCUUCAAACUUGGCAACAUCGAAACCUCCUCCAUCAUCGGCACUCUCUGCGACUGGGCAGUGAACUCUAAGCGCUACGGCAAUUUCCGCGCAAUUUUAAUCGCAAAACUCCUUGCGCAGCGACAAGAAGAAAUUGACGCGCAAGAACCUGGGCGAAAAACAUCCGUGCCCGUUUUUCAAAGUGAGCUGUUUAUGUAUCUGCACGAGAGCGCUCCAUAUUCUGAGAAGACUGAAGCCUUCCAUCACCUGAUUUGUCUCUUUGGAGAGCUGAUUAGGCACGAUUGUUUUUCGCACUCGAUGUAUAUCUCUUCCUUGAUUUCAAGGGGCAUACGGACGGAUAUCACCUCUCAUUCAAACCCAGGUGACUCUCGACACCGUAUUCUUCUGGAACAUCUUCCUAUUCCCGUUUCUGUUCUUUACCUAUCACGUGACGACGAUGACGAUACAGUUGGAGAGCGAAAUCAGCGCGAAAUCGCCCUGUAUGGCAUUGGGUCAAAAAGAAAAGAAGUCAAGAAAAACAGCAAAAAGAUCUUCAACGAGCUGCUGAAAAUCAUGCUGGAAGCAAGUGAAGAAAACCCGCUACCAAACUACGAGCCGAUUAAAAAUUUAAAUUCGUGUUGCUACUUUCAGCGUUUUUACAUUUCCAGCAUGUUGGUGAAGAAGAUUUCAAACAUCAUGCGCCAGUAUUAUGAAGGAAGAUCGGAGAAACUCCCGCCGAAAGAGGCGUUUUCGAUUCUUAUCAAUAUCCUACUCGAGUGUGGAAACUUUAUUGCAGUCAUGGAACUGGCUGCGAAUGUUCUACCGUCUUUGAGGAACAUGGAAGUUCUGAUCAAGCGCAAGAGCGAUUCGGAGGGCCACUCGAAGCAGAUGAAUACGCAGCAGAAGCUGAUCAAGACAUACACCAACAACGUCGGUCUGAUCUUCACCGGAGCGCUGCGAUUGUGCCACGAUUACGUCUUGCUAGAAAGCGAUCUUUGCUCCAAAAUCUUCGACGGCUUCAGACGAUUGCUUGUCGGAACAGAUCCUCUUGAAUGUUUUUCUGCCGAGCGAGUCAUGCUAUUUUACAUUUACGAAUUGUACGCCUGCACGAAGCAGAAAGAAUCAAACGAAACAUGGAAAGCGAUGCUCGCCAAAAUCAAAAUCGCGCACGACAAAGUAGCUCCGCCAACUGCCACAAACUUCCGCUACAGCACGGAAAUCUACGACGACAUGAUGAAAAUCCACCUGGCCGAUAUUUACAAAAUCAAAAAGUGGUGCAAAAAGAACAUCUCCGACGGCUGCGAAAAAGCGGAAGAAAACCGUUUCUCUAUUGCAUCGGCGAUUUUGAUAGCAGUUUGCUCGCCAAACACGCCAAACGCGCGGUCGAACGAGCUGGCAAAACUGGCCGCAGAUGUGACCUCGAUUGUGCCCACCUUGGCGCAAGAAUGGCUCGGCAUUUUACAAGCAAUUAUGCCCAAGACAGAAUCGGUCUCGAAGUCGUACUCGGAUGUGCUUCAUAGAAUAGAGACCGGAACCAUCCGCGCUGCCGAACAAAUGGCCGUUCUUUACGGAAUAUUGAUCGCCCGCAACGUCGUUAAACUUGCUGACGUGCUCCAUAUCAUUUUCAGCGCCCUCAGCAGAACCUAUGCCAACGGUCCAAGCGCUGACAACGUCAGGGAAAAAGAAACGCGCAAGCUUCAAAAACUCUGUUGCGAGUUCAUGCUCUUUCUCCUCCGCUCCAAGCCGCCAAAAGACCGCUCUUCAAACUCCUCGCGAGAUAUGCUGACCCAAAGCGUGGAUCGCCACCUUCUCCGAGCUUGCCAAGCUUCACUCGACUUUCAAAUCUGUCUUGCUCAAGCUUUGCGGAUCCUGAUGGUUCUCAGUUCUGAAGCAAUGCUUUCUGGUAUCCCAGGCAGCCAGCAGGAUCAAUUUAAAAUCUUCAAACUUCCGGUUGACCAGUUCAAAACCAUCGAUACAAAAUCCUUGCUCGAUACUGGCAAAGUACGGGACAUGGCGGAAUUUGCUUCAAAGAUCCUCAAAGCGAUCUGUUCAGAAGGAUGGGUCAAGGAAAAGAGCUUGUUGAAUGGAGAUAACUUGGUCAAGGCAAUCGGAAAUUUGCGUCCAGAGCAGGCGCAUAUUAUUCUCCAGCUUCUCUGCUACCCGGAGAACUACCAGGAAGACUUGGAGAUGAAGGAAUACGAAGGAUACAUCGAAGGAAUUCUCAAAAAUCUUGAUAUUUGGACAUUAAGGCAGAGUCGCCUCCUCCUUCUGUUCAUUUUCAAACAUACAGAGGGCCAUGGCGGCUUUGCUUCCGGAAGACUUGCCAGUACUGUAGCGAAACUAACGACGGACAUCAUUCAGACAUCCCCGGUCAGCAGGCAUCAGAAGUUCCAGAUCACCGGCCUCGCGAAAGAUAUUCCAAACGUCUGGCUUUUGGCAAAUUUGAUCGCGAAUUUACCAGAAGCGGUUCACUUGAAAGUUCAUUCUUCGACCACUCUACUGCUUGAAACAGGCAUCAAGGUUGGACGAGACACGAAUUCAAACUUGCAACUGCCAUUUUUGAACCUUAUAUUGGUGUGCAUAGAAGCCCAUGAAAAGGAGCGCAAAAGUUUGAUCGACAAACUUAUCGAGCAAAUGCAACAUUGUGUGGAGGAAUACAUGCGUGACUGUAAAAAUGAACGGCCACAGAAAGAAGAGGAUGAGAAACGCACCGUUCUCGUUCAAAAUAUUCAGCUGCGGUUGUCGCUCAUUGGUGGCAUGUUUAAAACUGUUCUGCAACACAGUACCCUAAAUUGCGCGUCGCUGCUGAUCUCUUUGAUCGUCUCUGGUCUCGCUGACGAGGAGCUCUUUGAGGACAUUUACUUCACGUGUAUUGACAUGCUGGCUGUGAUCAUCCAUCAUCUGGCUGGCGGAGAUGUGGGGCUGAUUGAGCCGUCCGAAACGCGCUCUGGCUCGCGUCGAGACAAGCUCCACAUCGAGAAGAAGAUCAAAAAGGAGAUUGGCGAGUCGGAUCAUCCCCAAAUCAUGGGCCUCCGUCAGCUCAUUCCCCUCCCUCGCGAUUCCCUGGACAUUGUCAAGUACGAAAAAGCGCCAGUCGACAAGGAGAAAUCCUGGCGAACAGGAAGCUUGAAACCUGUUGGAAAAGAAAAAGUCAGCCCGUGGGAUUUAAUUGAAGGAUUGAAGAGUACCUUUCCGAUUUCCUUGUCUUGGUUCGGCGCGAGCAGGGCGUCAAGGCUCCCUCCUCAUUGGCAGUAUCGCGUCAGAAUGGGCGAGUGUCCAGCGCGUUCGCCGAUGGAAAAGUGGCUGGAGCUUGCUGAUCUUCCACCUGAUGACGUGCAGGAGCCAGCGAAAAAGGAAGCAAAGACCGAGAACAACAUUCUUCCACCGCAGCCAAUCGACCCAACAAAACGAGGAAUCGGAAUGGGCCCUCCUUAUCCCAACAUGCCAAAUGCCUCCCAGCCACAGACUCAGGCGCAGUUCAACCCUCAAUUCAACCCGCAAAUGAACAACCAAGCGAUGAACCAGCAAAACAUGCAGAACAAUAUGAUGAGAAGAACAUCGAUGAACCCAAUGCAGCCAAUGAUUCCGUCCCAGCAAAAUAUGAACACUCGUGCGGCGCUGAGAAAUGUCGUUGGAAAUCAAAUGCAGGGUAGAGUCAUGAAUAUGGGCCAGUACGGAAUGCCAAACAGUUCUAUGGGAAGACAGCACCAAGCGAUGGGGCCUGGUCGUGGACCUAUGAACCCUUACGGCCAGCAAUACAGUCAAAUGCAAAUGAUGAGUAAUCAAGGAAUGCCUCCACGAGGUCCACAGAUGAUGAAUUACAAUCCUUCAAUGAGUUACAGCCGCGGAAUGGGCAUGAUGAACAACCCAAACAUGAUGCAGCAGAACAUGCAAAUGCGGCAGAACCAAAUGCGCCCAAUGAACGGAAUGAACAGUUGGCCCAAUAUGGGAAACAUGCGCAUGCCAAACAAUCCAAUGAUGAUGCAGCAGCAGCAACACCAAAUGCAACGCUCACAGAUUCAAGCUGGACAAAUGGGAAUGAACACUCAAAACUCCAUGGCUUACAAUCAGAUGGGAAUGCAGAACAACUAUCAAAACCAAGGAAAUAUGAUGAUGAAUCCGCAGAACGCCCAAAUGAACCCACAAAGUCAGCAGCAAAUGUACCAGCAAAAUCAAGCCAUGAACAAUUACGGCUAG